GAUUGUCUAGCAACCAAAGAAAAAGCUGCUUUACUCUUUGAUAAUAACCAACCAAACUGGUUUGAAUCUCUUUAUUUUGAAUUUAUCAAGUUGACAAUUCAUUUUGUUUUUAUUUUUUUUGCUUUAUUAUUUUUGUCCUCGCCAAUAUGUCAUCCGAAGAAAGUGAAAAAGUCCGUAAGGAGUUAUUGGAUCUACAAAAGAAACGAGCUGAUCUGGAACAAGAAAUCUUGGUUUAUCAAGACAUUCUUAAAUCGUUAAAUAUUGGAAUGAAUGAACCACUGGUUGACAAAGAAGGAUUUCCUCGGAAUGAUGUUGAUAUUUAUCAAGUACGAACAGCAAGGAACAAGAUAGUCUGCUUGUCAAAUGACUGCAAAGCAUUAACUGAGCAAAUGGAGAAGAAGUUACACGAGUUCCAUGCUAUGAGCCGUCCUGGUAAUGGAACCUUUUAGCUAAUUUACCUUCUAUUUCUGUGCUUUCAUUUUGUAAACAAAUGCUGUAUUGAAUAUCAAUUGUUAUCCAACAAAACACUUUUCCACACCAAAUAAUCAAUCACACAACCAAUAAUAAAACAGAUAUUUAUAAUUAAAGUUCUAUUCAAUUCAUCCUA